GUUGAGUCGAUGACGUCACACGCGGAGGCGACCACUUUUCAUUUUGUUUCUCUUCCUGUUCCAACUAAUUCAUUGUCAAGCUGACAGCGAGCCUUAAGAUCACCAUGAGGCCGUACGCUCAUAAGCCUUCGUGAAUCUACAGCAUUUUCUUUCGAAAAAGCGUGUGGAACAACAGCGACAAUGAAGCUGCUCCAUAGAGACAUUGAAAAAGAUAACGCCGGUCAGGUGACUCUGAUUCCCGAGGAAGCAGAAGAUAUGUGGCACACCUACAACCUGCUGCAACAGGGGGACAGUUUGAGAGCGUCCACCAUAAGAAAAGUACAGACAGAAUCCACUACCGGAAGCGUGGGCAGCUCCAGAGUGCGGACGACUUUGACGUUAUGCGUGGAGACCAUCGACUUUGACACACAGGCCUGCCAGCUCAGAGUCAAGGGCACCAACAUCGAGGAGAACCAGUAUGUCAAGAUGGGGGCGUACCACACUAUUGAGCUGGAGCUGAACCGGAAGUUCACACUUGCUAAAAAGAGCUGGGACAGCGUUGUGUUGGCCAGAAUCGACGAGGCGUGCGACCCCACGCAGAAGGCGGACGUGGCCGCGGUGGUGAUGCAGGAGGGUCUGGCCAACCUGGUGCUGGUGACCCCCGCCAUGACACUUCUGCGGGCCAAAGUGGAGCUCACCAUUCCUCGCAAGCGGAGGGGAAGCUGCACCCAGCAUGAAAAGGCUCUGGAAAGGUUCUACGAUGCUGUCAUGCAGGCCAUACUUCGACACGUUAAUUUUGAUGUGGUGAAAUGCAUCUUGGUAGCCAGUCCGGGUUUCGUAAAGGACCAGUUCAUGACAUAUCUCUUUAAAGAGGCUGUGCGACAGGACAACAAGGUGCUGCUGGAGAACCGACCAAAAUUCAUGAUGGUCCACUCGUCAUCCGGUCACAAGUACUCACUCAAAGAAAUCCUCUCAGACCCCACAGUGACAAACAGGCUGUCAGAUACCAAGGCUGCCGGAGAGGUGAAAGCCCUGGAGGACUUCUACAAGAUGCUCCAACAUGAACCUGAUAGAGCUUUUUAUGGACUCGCUCAUGUGGAACGGGCUGCCGACGCCCUUGCCGUUGACACUCUCCUGGUCAGCGAUAAGCUUUUCAGGCACCAGGACGUGCCCACCAGGGCGCGCUACGUUCGCCUGGUGGACAAAGUGAGAGACAGCGGCGGCAUUGUCAGAAUAUUCUCAAGCCUUCACGUCUCUGGUGAACAACUGACUCAACUGAGCGGAGUGGCGGCCAUCUUGCGGUUUCCCAUUGCCGACGUUUCGGAGGGCGAAGACGACAGCAGCUCAGAAGACGACUGAGUAGAAACAUAUGGCUCAUUAAAAAAAAAAAAAAAAAAAA